UUCGCGUGCUGAGAAGCUACGGAAAGCGUCAGUAGACUGAAAAGCUACCAGAAAUACAUAAGUAGAUGGGAUGGAACAAUGAAGGGCAAUAAUCCUCACAGGGACUUUAUGCCGCACACGAAGUGUGCCAGCACCAGUUCGAGUUCAGUAGGCGGUAAGCUGGGCAGACAUAGAGACUCAAGUGCCCCCUUGCUGUUGCCAGAAUGUAAAGAUGUGCGAAACGACGAAGUCGGAGGUCUCAGGAAGGAAAGAGAAAGGUGCACAUUGAAUAGGAGGAGGGACAAUGGGUACUAUGCGUAUUCAGUUAGGAGCGGAUGGACGUGCAGGCACAGGCAAAGCAGAUGGACGUCAGUAGGCUGGACUUCUGAGGUUGGUGACACAAAAACGAGAAGAAUGCUGAUGAAGCAGCAGGUUCAGCAUACGGUAACAAAAGUAGGGGAAACGGUAGACUCUACCUCCAGCAGUCACGACAGCCGCGUAUUGGAGCGAAGGCAGUCGACAUGGCGAGCGCGGGACUUAGUUUCAAACAGGGUGUGCUGGAAUAGGCCUAGAAGACGACAACUUUCAACAGUAGCGAAAACGUUUCGAAAAAAUCGUGCACAAAUCUAUUUACCAAGCUACGCAAAGAAUGAAGAAGAUCAAGAGGCUCUCCUCGAACGCGCAGGUCUUAGUAGUUCUACGACCACCAGAGAGCCAAAGCUGUGCUCUCAUCACGCAAGUUGCGGAUUCGCCGAUUUUUGGAACAAACAGGAACAAGACAUGUCCAAAGAAGCCUCGCCGCAGCUGGCCGGAAACUGUGCUGCUUCAUCACCGCCAGCACCACCGACCAGGACUAAUAAGGCAAUCAAAAGUCCUCGCUCCACUUGGCACGCGCGGACGCCAAGAAAAUGCUUUUUCGUACAAGAUACACAUGAUUGCUUGAAGUUGAACAUGAUUAUCGCCUUUCUAGUAGCAAUUUUUGCCCAGCUGUCUCUCGUACAGGCGCAGUGGCUGCAGUCAGUGGACUUGAAAACUGGCGCUGUACCGCAUCCUAGGCCGUUCCUGCAGCUGGACAGCCGAAGACAACAGCUGUUGUACACCUACUCUGAGACACACUUAGCCCUGGCCCCCUUCGAGACGGAUCGGACGGGAGCGAGCUGGAACCCGACGCCGACCAUUUUUUCGCGGGCUGCGUUGAAUUUGACUCGAAGCCAGACCGAUGCACUUGACGCUUUGGCUUUGUAUGAAGACGAAUUAGUGGUAGCCAGUGGAGACGUGAUACAAGUACUAGAAAUGAAACCGGGGCUGUUGAACGCGACCUAUCAGUUAUUCAAUCCGUGCGCGAACUUGACUAGGAACGGACGCGCGAAUACGAUCAAUUUUGACCAGAGGCUACUGUCGGUCGCUGCUGCAGUGAACGGGAGUCUGUG